CCUGGAUCCGUCCCAGUUCAAUUCGCGACGCUCUCGGUGAGACGUUUUCUUCUCGGUUCAAACCAGCAGUCAACAGCUCCUAUCUACCUCUCGAAUUAUCCAGCUCUUGACGGGUCAGAUCUCUUUAUUCGAGUCGAACUACACCGCUGUUCAACAGAAUAGCCUAUCUCGUCCUCUUUUGUCUUCCACUACGAUCCGGACCACCCAACCCCCCUCGCCGAUGUCAGAACUCCUAGCCAAGAUGUCGAAACAGUCCUUCCUCAUGGCCCUUGUCCUGGUCGGGAUGGCCACCCUCAUGGUCCAGAACCACUUCCACUCCCGCCAACUCGCCGUCGUCACCGAGGUCGGCUUGCAGUCAGCCCAAGCACGAGACUUGCAGUCGCAGUCCCAGCUCUCGGUUACGGCCCCGACGAAACCGCGAACCAAGCGUAAACUGCAGAUCAUCAAGGCCGGUGGGAUCCCCAAGGAGGGACUUGGAUCGAGUCUCGGUUUCAUCACCGCCACGGCCAACAUUGCCAACCUGCUCGAUGCCGAGCUAAUCAUCACCCAGACGGCCGAGAUGAUGGGUUACCGAGUGAGCGACAUCCUCAACAAGGGGUUGUCGCUCGAGGGGAACGGAAGGGUCUGUGAUAUCAUGGAAAUCCUGUUGGAGGACCCUGGUACCGGAACCUUCCAGGGCCGAAUGGACCGUGCCCAGGGCAUCCUGGACAAGACGUACGAGCGGGCCAUCAAAAAGUGCACGACCGUCCCUACCGAGAUCCUCUUGAGCGACUACGCCAUGAGGGAGAUCAACCGAUGCGACACCAUCAUCAUCAACGACUUUCGAACCAUUUCCCGAGGCUGGACCAAGUGUUCCAUGGCUUGGUGGAAAGGCGCUAUCGACCAGUACAGCCCGCCCGCCGAGGGCAACGACGUCGCCAUUCACUUCCGAUGGGGUGACAUGUACCACAAGGCGUUGACGGAGAAGAAGUGGAUGAUGGAGAUGGACAAGGUCGCCAAGGUCGUCGAGAUCAUCCGGGCGGAAAAGCCCAAUGUGGUCGUCAACGUCUUCAUGAAAAAGUCCAAGGAGAAUGAGAGCGAGAACAGGAUGAGGGAGAUCCUUUCGCCUCUCAAGGCCCCGUUCAACAUUAUCGAGGCCGAGACGGACGUCGAGGAACUCUCGAUGAUGGCCAAGGCCGAGUACCUGAUUAUCAACUCUGGAUCCUACUCGACCGGUGCUGCAGCGACCGGUGCGGCAAGGGUCGUCGUCUUCAACGGAGGUGGUGCUCACCACACCCUUGGAGCCAUGAACUUGACCAACCUGUUCAACUACCAAGAGCUCGACGAGGGCAAGUUGAGGGCCGCCGUCAAGGGCAACUAGAGCGGCGGCCAAGUUGUAGGCGAAUCGAAGCUGAGGUUAGGGCCCGAGGGAGAGUAGAACAGGAAUGUGGGAAGGGAGCAGGAAUGUUCGGAUGUCACGGAUGUAUUUGUCCCAAUUUUGUCAUGCGGGCUUUGAGGAUCAUGCAAUAGAUUAUAUAGAACGUUUGAUUGCUAUACAUAUCGUUUCGAAG